UAAUUUGCUUUCUGGGAUCCAGCUACAGUAUCUCGCCGGACGACAACAAAUUACAGUACAGUCGUCCCAUGUUUCUUUAAUUAACCUCGUUUUGUUCGAUUCUUGGAGGAAUAUAUUCGCUUACUACUACCAGUCUGUAUCACAUUGCAUGCCCCAGCCGUGUUAGUUUCGUUGUCUUUUGUGCUACUAGGACUGUACUAGGCUGUAGUUGUUGUUGCUUUGCAGUCUUCUAUCGGUGUUUCAAGCCACUGAACUUCACUGCAAUGCCAAGACUGGGGAAUGAACGGAACCCCGCUGCGGAUUAGUAUUUGUCUUUGUGGCGUUUUUUUUACAUAUAAAAAGAAUCGCUGGUUAGCCACUCAACCUCUGAGAAGUCAAAUGCCUUGCCUUUUUAGUAUCCAGUUAACAUAAAAUAUUUGAUUCUGGGAGGAAUGGGUAUUCCCCAUCUGCUUGGUCUGAUACCUGCGAGUAGUACUCAAUUUUGUAGUCAUUCAAUAGUCAGCGCUCAUUUGAUUGUAAUAUUGUUUCCUAGAUUAGCCGCAAUUAGCGUUGAUUACAAGAUGAACUAUGUUUAAUGUAAUUGAUGUCAUUUUCAAAUUAAAACCAAUGUAAUUAGCAUGUUUUUAAAUGACUAUUGAUGUGAUAGAUACUCCCUCCCUUCCUGUUUAGAGGGCUUAUCUCAAUUUUGUUUUUGUUUUUUCAUUUAAAAGGCUCAUCUUCGUCUCCUAUUGAAAUUGUUAGCCGCAUUAAACCUUUUAAUGCAAGAAUUAAAAAGGAAAUGGACAAUGCAUGCAAUGUUCGUACUCAUCUACUCUCUCCGCUCCUAAAAAUAAGUCUUUUUAAGAUUCCACUAUGGGCUACAUACGGAGCAAAAUGAGUGAAUCUACACUCUAAAAUAUGUCUAGAUACAUCCGUACGUGGUUUCUAUUGAAAUCUCUAAAAAAGACUUAUAUUUAAAAACAGGGGAAGUAGUGGUCAAGCAUGCAUACACUGCAAUUAAAUCCAAAUCAAUGCAUGAGUUUAAUUUGGGUAGGUUUGUAAAGUAGUAUGAGAUACAUCCUUUCGCUCAUUAUCUGCCUUAGUUGAUGAGAUUUCAGUUUUGAGCCCUAUAAACCGAAAAGAACCAGAAAGAAGAGAGUCCAUCAUUAGUGCAAUGUGAGGUGUUGGAUAUACGUGGUUGAAUGGCUCAGAUUAUUUGGAUUCACCAAACACGUGCUUUAAUAAGUGAGGAUCGGUAAUAGUAGAUAGUAGGACCAGACUGACCCGAGGAGGAUUGAUCUGCCAUUUUCCUUUCGUAGAACCACUGAUAUGUCUUGUAGAUGUAGAAAAGAAAAUUAUCAGUCCUCACAGGUGAUCCCAUCCGGACAUGACUGACAAAUCUCUAAAUAUAAGUUUUUUUAGAAAUUUUAAUAGAAACUAUAUACGGAUGUAUAUUUACAUAUUUGAAAGUAUAAAUUCAUUCAUUUAGUUAUGUAUGUGGUCCGUUAUUGGAAUCUCGGAAUCUCCUAUUAAAAUUGCAGCGAUGAGCGAGGCCAUAUCAUCUCCCUGCGUCGCUACGUACUAACUAUAUCUCGGAAAAGAAGUAGGGGAGUAAAAAAAAACGUGAGCCGCAACCGAAAGAUGGCUCAACAUAUAUACGUGAUCACAUGUUCACAUCCGCAGCGGGGUGGUCGUGGUAGUGCAACGGUUGCAGACUUGCAGUGGAGAAGAGGAAGCAGGAUGCAGCGACCGGCACGCGUGUACGUGGACGUGAGCUGCUUUCGUUCAUCUUUCCUGCCGCUGAUGAUGAUCGACCACGUUUGGGUUUGCCGCCACUAGUACUCAGUAGCUAGCAGAGUCCAAACAAACGGAUCCUUUCACGUCGGCGACGGACGGGGUGGGCCCGGGGCGCGGCUAAUCCGUCCAAGGUGCUCCGCGCUAGAAAGCCCUAGCUACAGCCGUUGCAGCCACGAUGGAUGGAUAAAUCCAAGGAAAAAGAUCGCGCAUGCACCAAACCACGUACGUACGUCCUGCUCACCGAGAUCUCGGUCGAUGGAUGGAUGACAGCCGCCGGAGGCCGUCAGCCGGCCGCCACGCUGCCGUGCACGUGAAGAGAAUAAACUGUUUUUUUUAAUAUAUAUAUAUAGAUGAUGAGUGAAGAGAACGGAACGGCUGCCGGUCCAAUCCAGUUAUCCAACCCUGGGCCGUGGGCCCGGCCAGGUGGGAAAACGGGAGGGACGGGAAAGCCCGACGCGGAGCCGACAGCGGAAGGAGAGAGAAAGGCGGAGUGCGAUUUGAUUUGAGUCUCCCCUCCCAAGUCCCAAGCCAAAGCGCGGCACGACCCCCACCCCACACCCUACCGUAGCCGACCGCCUCCGCGCUGCCCACGCGACGCGUGCCCGCCGCCGCCCGCCAUUAAAGGCCGGCCAAGCGCCACUGCGGGGCUCCACCUCUCCUCUGCCCGCGCGCCUCCCGCUCGUGCUCUGCUCUGCCGCCGUCUACUCUCGCUUCGGCCGCCGCCCGCCGCCUACUCUCCUAUCCGGCCGGCCCGCCCACCCAUGCAGGCUUUUCGGUGGACAAGAUGAAGUUUGGUUCAAUAUAUGAGGAAUACCUCAGGGCAGAGCAGGACAAAUAUCUUGCUAAAUGCUCCCAUGUAGAGUACAAACGUCUGAAGAAGGUAUUGAAGCGAUGCCGACUUGAUCGCUCAUUGCAAGCAGAUGGCACCAACGGUGACCAGCAGGAGGACAGGAGUGACGAUUCUUCAGAUGCUUGCGACUGCAAUUCUUGCACAUUGUGUGAUCAGAUGUUCUUUACAGAACUCACCAAGGAGGCUUCAGAUAUAGCUGGCUAUUUCAGCUCUAGAGUGCAGCAUCUUCUAAAUCUUCAUGUUCCUUCAGGAUUGCAACGGUAUAUAUGGCGCGUACGUCAAUGCUUCAUAGAUGAUCAACAAAUCAUGGUUCAAGAAGGCAGACUGCUAGUCAACUAUGUGACUAUGAAUGCUAUUGCUAUUCGCAAAAUUCUCAAGAAAUAUGACAAAGUACAUGGCUCUGUCAGCGGUAGAGAUUUCAAGAGCAAGAUGCAAACUGAGCAUACCGAAUUGUUACAGUCACCUUGGCUGAUCGAACUGGGUGCUUUCCAUCUGAACUGUGAUAGUUCAGAUAUUGAUGAACCUGUAGGGUUCUUCAAGAACGGAUUCUUCAAGAAUUUUUCCUGUGACUUUACAGGAACACAGCCAGUAAUGACAAUGGCCAUUUCUGAAACUAUCAAGUAUGACUACAGUCUAACUUGUCCAAUUUGCUUGGACACCUUAUUCAAUCCAUACGCGCUUAGCUGCGGUCACCUCUUCUGCAAAGGCUGUGCAUGUGGUGCUGCAUCCGUGUACAUCUUCCAGGGUGUUAGGAGCGCGCCUCCAGAGGCCAAGUGUCCUGUAUGCCGAGAGGUUGGUGUCUUUGCCCAUGCCGUGCACAUGAAUGAGCUUGACUUGCUCAUCAAAACCAGGUGCAAAGAUUACUGGAGAUGCAGGCUACGCGAGGAGCGGACCGAGAUGGUGAAGCAAUCCAAAGAAUACUGGGAGUCCCAGGCCAUGCUUUCGAUGGGCAUCUGAACCACCCUGGCAUUGCCAUUCGUUGCUUACCAUUGGCGAUCGAUCGUCAAUAACUAUCCAGCAGCGCUCGAGUCUCGGGCGUGAAGAUUCCUCUAAGAUCGCAGAUUUGAUCCAUUGACUGCUACUCUGCUACUGAUUAUUACUCUACCAACCAAGCAAGAAGAUGUACCCAAAGAUAGCAGAGACUGACAUAACUGGGGAGGGGAGGGCUUCCAGGGGAAGCAUGUUCCCUCUUGCCUUUUGAUGUUUCAGAUCCAACCAAUUCCUUUGUUUCUUCCGUUGUACUGUACUGCAAGACUAGUUUGGAAUGGUUGAGCUCAGUUUAGCUACUUUUUUCCUACC